AUGGCACUAAUUACCAGUGUAAGGAGACUCCAUCGCCUAUAUUUACGCUUCCCUCACUCCUCUCCAUCCCUCAUUUCCAUCUCAUCAACCCCUCUGCCUUCCCCUGCAAUUCAUUUAUCUCGGGCAUUUCACCGAACACCUCACAGACCAGUUGAGCACGCGCCUCAUUUCCAAAAUUCUUACCAAAUUGUCGACUUUUCUAAACAAUUGGACGAAAUGAAACAAGAAACUCAGUUGGGACUCCGUGGAAUCCUCGAAAGAGCCGAAAAAGCCAAGGAUUUUGCUUCCGGUGAUGAAGCCAUAGCCUUUCUUGACGGCUCCGGUGUCAAGCCCGAUAAUGAUUUAAUCUUUUCAGCUAUUUGGGCUUUGAGGGAUGAUUGGAAGUUGGCGUUCUUGGCUUACAAAUGGGGCGAAAAAUGGGGUUGUGUGGUCCACAAGACUUGGUGUUUGAUGGUGUGGUUGCUGGGCAACCAUCAAAAGUUCAGCACGGCCUGGACUCUGAUUCACGAGCUUCAUCAGGCCCGAACGAUGAAACAGCACGUGGAACACUCGCAUCGAGUCCCGUCCCGCGAUCGCGCGAGAGAGCCCGCGAGACUCGAGCACUCGCUGCGUGGCUCAUUCUGCGACCGCGCAAGUCGAGACCCGUGGAGACCCGACACUCACAGCGAACGGCCGCUCGCAAGGCCGUGA